CUCUCUGGGGCCUGGGGGCGUCCUGGGGGGGUCUCGGGUGGUCUUGGGGGGUCCCUGACGUGGGGGAGCAGCCCCACAGCUGGCAGCCCGGCAUCGAGAACCCGUACCGGGGCAUGGUGGUGUGGGUGGUGCCCGAGAGCGUCGACGUCGUCGUCACCCUCUACCGGGACCCCCACUCCACCACCUACGAUGACAAGGAGUGGACCUUCCUGGUGGAGAACGAGUCGCGGGGGCGGCGCUCGGUGGUGGCGGCGGCGGCGCUGGACCUGGGGCGCUUCGCGGGCCCCGCGCCCACCCGCGUGGCGCUGGCGCUGCCGCUGCGGCCCCGGUCCCGUAAGGUGGCGGCCGCCAGCCUGCGCCUGAGCCUCAGCGCCACCGUCCUGCACGAGGGGCACCCCACGUGAGUGGGGGGCCGGGG